CUUCCCCAAACCACCAUUGUCCAGAGACCACCAAGGAAUCUUACGCUCUGGAAAGCGCAGGCACAUCAAUCGCCUCGCUCCCGCGAACAUCACAAGCCCAAGGGCCCAUUUUUCCUAGCAACCGCACUCGAACAAUCUAUUCCUGACCUGGAACCACCACCAACAACCACAACCAUGUCCGACGUGACCAAGACUCCCUUCGUACGGGAUCUCGCCUCGAGCGAGAAGAAAAUCCGCGACAAAGCCACCGACUCUCUCUCACUCUUCCUCCGCUCCAAAACCGACCUCUCCCUCAUCGACCUCCUCAAACUAUGGAAGGGUCUAUUCUUCUGCUUCUACCACUCCGACCGUCCCCUAACGCAACAAGCACUCGCCCGCACUCUCAGCUACAGCCUGGUCCCGACGCUCCCCCGAAGCACGCUGCAUCGCUUCCUCCGCGCCUUCUGGAUAACCAUUGGACGGGACUUCCACUCACUCGACCGUCUCCGUCUAGACAAGUAUCUAUUCCUGAUCCGUUGCUACGUGGGCGUUGCAUUCGAGGUGUUCCUCAAGCCCCAGCAAUCCUCCACCUCCACCACCACAUCCACAAACGGCGGCAAGCGCAAAAGAGAAGAAGAGCCUACAUCGUCAAAGCGGAAUAAGAAGAACAACAAGAACAAGAAACAAACCCAACAAGAAGAAUCCACAUCAUCAACAACCACCGGAGAAGAAAAAGACUGGUCCGCCCUCGAAUCCUACAUCACCAUUAUCGAAGAAGGACCCUUGUGCCCUCUGAACUUUGACCCGGAUCAACCGCCCAUGAACGAGAAGGAAGAUUACGUGCCCAUGCCGCAUGGACCGGACGGAUUGCGGUACCAUGUGAUGGAUAUCUGGAUCGAUGAGUUGGAGAAAGUAUUGGAGUUCGAGGAGGGAGAGGAAGAGGGGCAACCGAAGAAGAAGGUCAAGGGCGGAGUGCCGAUGGAGCUUUUGUUGAGGCCGAUUGAGAAGUUGAAGGCGGAGAGUGGGUAUAAGCCUGUGCGGACUCGGGCUGCGGAGACGCUGGAUGAUGAGCGGUUGGUUGAGUGGGGGGUAAAGGAGAGGAAGGUGGUGGAGGAGAGUAGUGAUGAGGAGUGGGAUGGGUUUGACUGAGCUGUUGAUAUUUGUCUAUAAAUUCUAAUGGCUCUUGCAAUUUUUCUGUUUGAUCAAAAGUGUAUAGAUUGUGAAUUGGAUGGCAGCGUGCGCAUGCUGUGUUUAUUGGCUGGCCUGGAUUAAGUCGGCUAGCUCUACUACAUCAUGUGAUUGAAACAAUGUAUAUUUAUAUAGUGACUCUAUGCG